CAAAAUGGUAGGCAUCUUAUAAUAAUUAAUUGUAGAUAUUUAUAUAUAUACAGGAGUAUGAUGAGGAGGCAGAUGUAAUAUACAAUGAUGAUGAUAAUGGGGAGAAGGUGUGAAGACUGUGGUAAUCAAGCGAAGAAAGAGUGUGUGUAUAUGAGAUGCAGAACUUGUUGCAAAACCAAAGCCUUUCAUUGCCAAACUCACAUCAAGAGCACUUGGGUUCCUGCCUAUAGAAGAUCUCAAAAACAACUAUUGCAAACGCAACCGCAAGAGGAACGGCUCUCUACUAUUAGCCCUAAACGUCUCAGAGAACAUCAGCCAUCUUCUUCCCCUUCAUCAUCAGGUGUAAGAAUCCACACAACUACGGGUCAUUUUCCAGUGGAGUUGAGUUCUUUAGCUGAUUUCCGAUGCGUAAAGGUGAGUUCAAUUGACGACGGAAAAGAACAAUACGCUUAUCAGACGACGGUGAACAUUGGAGGACACGUUUUCAGAGGCAUUCUUCACGAUCAAGGCCUCGAAAAAGUGGUGGUUGAUCAUCAAUCUACUCAUCAUUAUGAUCCUCAUCAUCAUCAGCUUCAUAAUAAGCAUCAUGAUCAAGAGUUACUUCCUCCUUCAAGUUCUUCAUGUCCCUUGAUGAUAACCAGUCCUUUUACUGAUUUCAUGUCCGGUACCCGAUUUUCUUCUCAUCAAAGGUCUUAAUUAAGAAUUAUAUGUAAAUGUAUAUUUCCUUGUUAGCUAGUUAAUCUUUUCGAUGGAUACAAAAACAGAGGAAGAGAAGAAGACGAGCAUAAAUUGUGAUAUGUUUUGCUGCUCCGAUAUUUUACUUUAUUCAAAAGUACAACCAUAUUUAUAUAUAUAUACUUCAUAUUUUCUUUUUGAUUACCUCAGUUAUUC